AUGGGUGUUGUCCUUGUUGCUAUUGUUGUUGAUGAUGUUGCUUUAAUUGCUCAGGCUAGAGCAGACAUUCUCCUGACCGUGAUAAUGCUGAACCAAACAGACCUGACGCCAGGUUCAUUCAUUCUUACCGGGAUCCCAGGGCUGGAGGACAGGCAUCUCUGGAUUUCUUUGCCAUUCUGCACAAUGUAUGUUGUGGCUGUGGUAGGGAACUGUGGACUCCUCUACCUCAUUCGAUAUGAGGAUUCCUUGCACAAGUCCAUGUAUUACUUUUUGGCCAUGCUUUCUCUAACUGACCUUGUCAUGUGCACAACUACAACCCCUAAAGCCCUCUGCAUCUUCUGGUUUCAUCUCAAGGAAAUCAGCUUUGAUGGAUGCCUGGUCCAGAUGUUCUUCAUCUACACCUUCACAGGGAUGGAGUCUGGGGUGCUCAUGCUUAUGGCCCUGGACCGCUAUACGGCCAUCUGCCACCCUCUGCGCUACCCAACUAUCCUCACCAAUCCUGUCAUUGCAAAGGCUGGGCUUGCCACUUUCCUGAGAGGUGUGUUGCUUGUCUUUCCCUUGACUUUCAUCAUCAAGCGACUACCCUAUUGCAGAGGCAAUAUAAUACACCACACCUACUGUGACCACAUGGCUGUAGCCAAGCUAUCAUGUGGAAAUAUCAAGAUCAAUGUUAUCUAUGGUCUGAUGGUUGCCCUCCUGAUUGGGGGCUUUGACAUCCUGUGCAUCACGGUCUCCUACACCAUGAUCCUCUGGGCAGUGGUCAGCCUCUCCUCAGCGGAAGCUCGGGGGAAGGCCUUCAGCACCUGCACCGCCCACAUCUGUGCUAUAGUUUUCUCCUACAGCCCAGCCUUCUUUUGUUUCUUUUCCCACCGCUUUGGGGGCCACACAAUUCCUCCAUCUUGUCACAUCAUUGUGGCCAAUAUUUAUCUGCUCCUGCCCCCUACUAUGAACCCUAUCAUCUAUGGGGUGAAAACCAAGCAGAUACGAGACUGUGUCAUAAGGACCCUCCUAGGUUCUAAGGAUACUAAAUCCCACAGCAUAUGA